GGGGGUGGUGUGUUCCCAGACAGCCUACGUGGGUGUGAACACGGAGCUGGGCAAGCCGGUUCGAGGACCCCUUCUCCACCGAGAUGUCCCCCUUCCCCUUCCAGCUGUCAGGUUGGAUGAUCCAUCACAUUUCCAUGCAAUGUCAUCAGUUUCACUUUUGAUGCAGAAGGGAAGUCAUGCGAGGCAACGUCCUGUACAAAAAACGGCAGUUUUGAAGAGUGGCACGUUUGAAGCUCGAGAGCCAGAACCUUCCGACGCUAAGGAGGAAGAAUCUCCUCUUUUGAAGUUGGUAUCCCUGCAGAAUGCAGAUGGCUCCUGGCCUCAUGGGUCUGCCCUAGCCACCCUACUAGGCCUGAGUGAGGCUGAAAUCUCAGACAAAGCACCAGCCCAUGUGGCCCCAGACAUAUGGGCAACGGUGCUGGCUAUUCUCUGGCUUCAUUUGAAUGCUGCAGAGCAGAAAGAUGAGUGGGAACUGCUGGAAGGAAAAGCUGUCCAUUGGCUCCAAGUGAAUGCAGGAGUUCAACUGGCUAAGUGUGUGAAGGCUGGUAAUGCAGUUCUGAGAAGUAGAGUCAGCCGCCAGGUAUUUGAGCUCUGAGCUUACGUUAUCCUAUACCUGAAACUCGAACAUCUGCUUCUAUUCUUGCUAAAAUGUAAAGUGUUGCAUCCCCCAUAAAAGCCUAUUAGGUCCUGGGUUGUCAUUCCUUUGAAAGUAUCCGUGCCUUGCUUACAAAACUCACUAAGUUUUAAUGUAUCACAAAUUGCUUUAUAGGUGCACUGAUAUCCAAGCAAUCUAUGCAUAAAUGUAGAUAAACUGUUCCAUAUGUAUUAAAUUGCCAAAAAAAUCAUCACUUAAAGGAAUAAAAUGAAGGCUGACACCUCAGCCCUGAUAUGUCUA